AUGGAGGCCAACACCAAAGCUCAUCCUAGACGAGCUCGCCGAUCGGUUCGCCAACCACGACCGAACUGGGAGAUGCGAUUCGUCGAUCUAAAGCGCACUCGUGCCAAUUGUGAUGCAUACUUCCAUCAACAGUCAACCUCGAAGGAUCACGUGGAGCAAGGCCUAUCCGAUCCUGAGAACACCUACCCUAAGCAGAUCCAAGGACGAGUGUGCGUCGAGGCGUUGGAGGCAGCCGCUGCCAGCUUCGUCGUAUGGCGCCCGGAGAUCGAAGACGCCAUUUGCGACAUCAAGAUGGAAGUCAACAACAUCGUGAAGCAUUGGGACCACGCUGUGAUCGACACUUUGUCUCAUGACCUGAGUCAUGGUUCCGCCUGUGUUUGCAAUUGCACGCUCACUUGA